ACUACGAAUUCGUACAAAAUGGCAACACGACGCCUUGGGAAUCUUUGUGCCGAUAAAACUGUAUUUUUCUUAUGUGACAUGCAAGAACGAUUUCGUAAUGCUAUUAAAUAUUUUCCAGAAAUUACAGAAGUAGCCUCAAGACUUGUACAAGCUUCAAAGCUCUUGAAUAUUCCAUUGAUAGUGACUGAACAGUAUCCAAAAGGACUAGGGAACACUGUAUCAGAAUUAGAUAUUUCACAUGCUGCAGGAACAUUUGCCAAAACCAAGUUUAGUAUGGUUGUACCAGAUGUAGAGAAACAACUAGAGAACUUAUGUUCUAACAAUGUUAAACAUAUUGUACUAUUUGGUAUUGAGACUCAUGUAUGUAUCCAACAAACUGUGAUUGAUCUACUGAAUAAAAAUUAUGAAGUGCAUAUAGUAGCAGAUGCCUGUUCAUCAAGAUCACAAACAGACAGAGUAUUUGCAUUAGAGAGAUUUCGUCACAUGGGUGCAACAGUAACAACAAGUGAAGCUGUACUUCUACAGUUAAUAGGGGAUAAAGAUCAUCCACAGUUUAAGGCAAUUCAAAGUCUUAUAAUGAAAAGUGCUCCAGAUACAGGACUUGUAAAACUUUAACAUUAAUCAACUAGGAACUUUUAUAUGUAGAUUAUUAUGAUUGUAUAGGAAAAAAAGGUCAUUUUGAACAUUAAUCUACAGAUGUACACUGUGAAUGAAUACAGUGUAUCCUUUUGUUGUAAGUUACUGUACUAUUGUUGGUGAUUUUACGACUUUUCUUUGAAAUGCUUUUAUAUAGUUUACUUCAGAGUAAUUGAAAACAAAAA